AUGGCCAUCUCGAAUAGUUCUUGCGGGAAUAUAAUGGCAGUAUUUGUUGCUGCAACUAUAGUUGUAUGUGUUCAAAGCCAACUGAUAAUGGAAACACCUUAUAACGCUAUUGUUUCUAAAGAUGGGACCGGAAAUUUCAACACAAUUGUUGGAGCAAUAUUGGCGGCCCCUGAUCACAGUGUGAAGCCAUUCUUCAUAAAAAUCAAGAAAGGCAUGUAUCAGGAAUAUAUUAGAGUUGAUAAAAAGAAGACUAAUAUAGUCUUGAUAGGAGAUGGGAUGGAUACUACGAUAAUAACAGGUAAUAGAAGUUUUAUCGACGGAAACAAAACCUAUGAUACCGCAACCGUUGGGGUUCUUGGUGAUGGCUUCACAGCCCAAGACUUAACUUUUAGGAAUAAUGCCGGACCUAUAAAGCAUCAGGCAGUGGCAUUAAGAGUUGAAGUAGAUUUAGCAUCUUUUUAUAGAUGUCGAUUCGAUGGGUAUCAAGACACUUUGUAUGUGAAAAGACAACAUCAAUUCUAUCGAGACUGUGAAAUCUAUGGCACAAUAGAUUUCAUAUGCGGUGACGCGGCGGCCCUGUUCCAAAACUGCUUGAUUGUAGCACGCGUUCCAUUGGCCAAGCAAUAUAACACAAUCACAGCCCAGAAGAGAGAGUUUGAGGACGUUCCAACCGGGAUAGUGCUUCAAAAUUGCACUAUAAAUGCUACCCGAGAUAAUGUCACAACGUAUUUAGGUCGGCCAUGGGGUAUAUUUUCUAGGACUGUGAUAAUGGAAAGUUACAUCGGUAACUUGAUAGAUCCUAGAGGAUGGGUUGAAUGGAUUGAAUCGGCAAAUAAAUCUGUUAGCCGCCGGCCAUAUUAUCUGGAGUACAAGAACAGAGGACCGGGUGCUGUCACAAAGGGACGUGUGACAUGGGCAUCCGUCACUAGUGAUCCAGAUAUUGCAUCAAAAUUCACGGUUAGGAACUUUAUAAAUGGUGACCAGUGGAUUCCCGCCAAUAUCCCUUAUUACCUAGAUUUAUCUUGA